GGCGAAGGCAAGUCGACCACCGAUUUCGACCGGCGCGCGCGCCAUGACACCCAUUUUGACAUUUUUGGUCACCAAAAGACAUGGCUCCUCAACGUCGUCGCGCCGGCAAGUCCACGAAGGACGCCCAUGCCAACCUCUCUGCCGAAGAGCGCGUCGCCGCUGGCACGGACGCCAAGAACCGCGGUAACGCGGCGUACGCCGCCGGCGACCACGCCACGGCCAUCAAGGAGUUCACGGCCGCCAUCGCGUUCGAGCCGGAGAACCACAUCUACUACUCGAACCGCUCGGCCGCGUACUUGAGCGCCGGCAACGCCGCGCAGGCGAUGGCCGAUGCCAACAAGUGCAUUGAGAUCGACGCCAAGUGGGGCAAGGGUUACGCCCGUCUCGGUGCCGCGUACUACUUUAUCAAGUCGUACCAGAAGGCUGUCCAGGCCUACACCAAGGGCUUGACGGUCGACAAGGGCAACAAGCAGCUCCAGGCCGGCCUCACGCAGGCGCAGGCCGCGUACCAGGUGCUCGAGGAAGAGGCCUCGGGUGUCGAGAUGGACGACGCCACGCGCAAGAUGAAGCGCAUGGAGAUCGAGGACAAGAUCAACAAGGCCCGUGCCGAGCGUGAGGAGCGUGCCAAGCGCGCCGAGCGUGGUUUCUCCGAGGUGAUCGGUAUCGAUCUCGGUACGACGUACUCGUGCGUCGGUGUCUGGAAGGACGGCCAGGUCGAGAUCAUUGCCAACAGCGAAGGUAACCGCACGACGCCGUCGUGGGUCGCUUUCAACGAAGCCGAACGCCUCAUCGGCGACGCCGCCAAGCUCCAGGCUGCCUCGAACGCCACGAACACGGUCUUCGACGCCAAGCGUAUCAUUGGUCGCGCUUUCUCGGACCCGAUCGUCAAGAAGGACGCUGCUCACUUCCCGUUCAAGAUCGUCGAGGGUGAUGAGGACAAGCCGCUCAUCCAGGUCUCGUUCAAGGGCGAGGACAAGCGCUUCACGCCCGAGGAGAUCUCGUCGAUGGUCCUUACCCGCAUGAAGGAGACGGCGGAGAACUACCUCGGCCAGGAGAUCAAGCAGGCUGUCGUCACGGUCCCUGCGUACUUCAACGACCAGCAGCGUCAGUCGACGAAGGAUGCCGGUGCCAUUGCUGGCCUCGACGUCAAGCGCAUCAUCAACGAGCCCACGGCCGCCGCCCUCGCGUACGGCUUGGACACGAACGCCGGCUCGGACGGCAACAAGGCCAACAUCCUCAUCUUCGAUCUCGGUGGUGGUACCUUCGAUGUGUCGAUCCUCUCGAUCGAGAACGGCAUCUUCGAAGUCAAGUCGACGGGCGGUGACACGCAUCUCGGUGGUGAAGAUUUCGACUCGAACAUGACGGUCGGCCGCGUCAUGUCGGUGCUCAUCAAGCGCAACACGGCCAUCCCGAUCAAGAAGACGCGCGUCUACACGACUGAGGAAGACUACCAGACGCAGGUCGAUGUGUGCAUCUACGAAGGCGAGCGCGCCUGCGUGGACCACAACAACAAGCUCGGCGAGUUCACGAUCUCGGGCAUCGAGCGCGCCAAGCGCGGCGAGCCGCAGGUCCAGGUGACCUUCGAGAUCGACGCCAACGGUAUCCUCAACGUUUCGGCGCUCGACAAGAAGACGAACGCCAAGGCCGAGACGACGAUCAACAACAACAACGGUCGCCUCACGCAGGAGGACAUUGACCGCAUGGUUGCUGACGCCGAGAAGUUCAAGAAGGACGACGCCGAGGUGCUCAAGAAGAUCGAGGCCCGCAACUCGCUCGAGAGCUUCAUCUACCGCGCGCUCGAGCUCACCCGCGAGAAGGGCGACGCCGCCGCCGAGAACACGAUCCGUGAGGCCCGCGAGUGGCUCGAGGACCACGAGGAUGCCACGCUCCGUGAGUUGGAGGAGAAGAAGCGCGUCCUUGAGCGCCUCGUCCGUUAAAUAGGUUAGCACUUUGUAUCCUUGUACAAUUGAAUCGAAUUUAUUGAUGGAAAUCAUCUC